UUCACUAAUUUAAGCCUAGUCUCUGUUAAGUUAAGCUAGACUAAAAAUGAUGAUAAUGACAUACGACAUAGUAUGUACUAUGUUGAACAUCAGAUGACAUAGUUUUGCACACGAAAUUUUCUAUGUUGAACCUCAGAUGACAUAGUUUUGCACACGAAAUCUUCUCAGAUUGUUAUAUAAAAAUGGACAUACUACCAGAAUACAACCAUUCUAUUUUAUAUCAUUAAGCAGACAAACCUCAACGAAUAAAAUGGCUGGACCUUGUAACUGCAUUGCAACAAACGUGUGUAUCUGUGGUACCGGAUGCAGCGAGAAAUGUUGUCGAUGUGGAGACCUCUGCAAAUGUGCAGGACUUAAUGGAUGCGCAUGUUCCGGAUGUACAGUUGUUUGCAGAUGUUCAGGUAUCUGUGAAUGUGGAUGUGAUUGCACUGGUCCAACAGACUGCAACUGUGAAUCUGGGUGCUCCUGCAAUUGAAGCAAAGACAGCCACAACGUUAACGUGCAUAAUCGUUUCAUUCUUAGUCUAGUCAUUCAUAUCAU